AUGGAUCCACCAGCAGCAACAUGUAAUCCUCCACAUCAUAUAUUAGGCUACACAAUACGAUCGCGAACGCGUAUUUAUGUGUCCUACAUUAUACCAAACAUUCUCGAAUUAUUAGUCUAUAUAGCCCAAAUUACGGGUGACUGUGCCGUGAGUUACCAGCAUUUUAAGUCACAUCAAGCCGAUUUUGGUUGGGCCACUGCCUGCCUGAUAUGGGUACCGCCGGUGUUUUGUUUCAUUAUAGUUUUGUGUUCCAAGUCACAGUGGGAGGAGCCGAAAAGAAAUGGAACGUGCGUUAAAUUUGUAUGCCAACAAUUGGUGCAGAUGAUCUUCUUCCCCUUUUUUGUUAUUUAUCGAUUCUCAAAAAGUGUUUUUUGGUCCAUAGAGGCUUUGUUUCACGACGAUGAUGAUAAGGAACGAAUGCUGUGUCUGGAAAGGGCAGAGGAAUGCUCAACAUUUCAACUGUAUCGCCUGAUACAGGCCUAUGGACAAUCAGCACCACAGAUAAUUCUGCAACUGUACCACAUGUUGACCCAGGAUUUGUUUCGAAAUUUCCAAACAACAAAUGCUCAAGCUAUUAGUUUAGUAUUUUCUGCCAUAGACUUAGCCUCGAUAACCACAACGUAUCAGCGUUUUGAAAGCCAAAAACAGGUGGGACGACAUUAUCCCUGGUCAACACCAGAACAAAAACAAAAGAAACAACAACUGCUCGAGACAAAUCGUUGUCUGCAAGAAGAAUGUUUACGCAAGAAAAGAGAAUCGGAACGUUCGCUAAAUAAAUUUCCCGAAUCGGAUAAAAUUAUGGCAAAUUUCAAGGCCAGAUUAUCAAGUCAACCGAUCAUCACAAAUAAUGCCAUCGUACCCCAAAACUCACUUGGCAAUUUAAGUGCAGAAAGUGUAGAAAAUAUCUCUGAGCCCAUAACCCACACUGUUCAGGUACACGGUUAUGAUGAGACUGACAAUGAAACUGGUGUCGAAAAUAGCAAUGACGAAACUGCCCUAUUAAAUGUUCCCGAGGAUCACAAUAAAACCGACGAUGACAAACUUCAAUUAAGUCCCAGUUUCCAUUUGAAACCCAUUAAAUUGCGUUCCUCCAUUACGCCAACAAUUCUAGAGGAAUGCGACGAAGUGCCCAACAGUCCAGCACCACUGCCGCCCAUAAAAACUACACAUUUCCAUCGAGACACAGUAGGCGCACCACAACUGCGUAGUCAGACCUCUACACAGAGCAGCAGUGAGGGCUACAAAAGACGUUCUCGUCCCUUCUCCCAAUUAGAAACAUUUAAGGAUAUGUUGCUGGUAAAUGCUCAACUGUAUAUUAAAGAGAAGGUACCAAGGCCACCUAAAAUGCUAAUCAAGCGGGUCGAUGCAGCACAAAAACCCGGCAGUACACCACCACAAACCCCAAGAACACCCAAAGAUGUUGUUGACUUUUUCCUACCACGUCCCACAAAGGUGGUCAAUGGCAUCGAACAAGAUGAUUUUGCUGGAAAGACUAUAGCGUUUUUUGGUUGGAUUGCGUUUAUCACCAUGCGUAUGCUGUCGCUCUCCACCUUUUGUGUCUUCUUUCCCAAAGCGUUCUUAAUAAUUAUGGGAGUUCACUACUUGCUGAUGUUGGCUGCCCUAUAUUUGGAGUCACGCUUUAAGGGGAAGCUCAACAGGACUUUAUUUUAUUUUCUUCUAGCCUACGUUUAUAUUUUUGUUUUAUUGGAAUUUCGUAUAAAAUUCAAACACAUUCGCGCCUGGUUUGUGGCGUAUUUCCUUUUAACAAUGGCCGAAAAUCUAACGAUGACAAUGAUUUGGUAUGCUCGAGAGGAAUUCGAGUCCUGGUGGUUUGGUUUCAUCUUUGAGGGCAUUAUUUACAGUGGAAUACUUUUUGUGGCCACAAUUCUGGUAUACUAUUGGAUAUUGAAGCCGAAGGAUGUAUUGCUAUUGGUGGAAGAAGAUCAGCAACAGCACCAACAGUCAACGAAUAAUGAACAAAAUACGAAUACAAAUGUUUAG